AUCUGAGUGGGAGACUUCAGUUGUGCAAGAAGGGGCUUCUGUACCACAAUGAACUGGAGGCUGGCUGCUUUGAUUCUUCUCGGUACAGCGUGUAAGUUCAACUUGUGUAAACUUCUUUAUUUUAGUUUAAACACAGAAAGACCAUUAAUGUGCCAGAUUUUGUGUUAUUAUUCUCCUGUAACUGUCAUGUGUGGUCUCUUUGUUUUAAGGUCAAACCAUGCCUCACCAGAUCUCUAUGACUGUGGUUCAGCCUGGUGGUGAUUUUUCUCUGUCAUGUUCUGUUGGUAUGAAUAAAGCCGGGCUGUUUUAUUGGUACAAGCUCAAGUUUGGAUAUUCAGUCCAAAAAGUUGCUGGAGGAAGUUUUCAAACCCUAAAACUUGAAGAACAAUUUGAAAACUCUCGAGUUGAAGUCUCACAGAAGGAUACUGUGUAUUUCCUCAACAUCAGAAAUGUAAGUAAAGAAGACGAAGCUACAUACUUUUGCCAGGCUGGAACAGCAUAUGAAAUGAUCGCUCUUAAUGGGAGUCUGUUAGCUGUGAAUGGUAAUGUAUGCUUUUUUCCCAUUUUUCAUUUUUUGGCAUUGAUACCCCUAAAACCACGGACUAACACCUGCUUUAUUGUUAAUUCCACAGAUCAUCAGAAUCAUCAGAAAUCAGUCUACGUGAAACAAAGACCAGAGACUCAGUCUGUCCAGGCGGGAGACUCAGUGAGUCUUCAGUGUUCACUUCUCUUCAAGUACAAAGAAACCAGAGUGCAGUGUCCACAUGAACACAAUGUAUACUGGUUCAGAGCUGGAUCAGGAGAAUCUCCUCUUGGGGUUGUUUACACUCACAAAAGCAGGAGCUUUAAAGAAGAGGAGAGGGGUUGUGUCUACAGUCUGUCUAAAACCAUCCAGAACUCCUCUGAUGCUGGGACUUACUACUGCGCCGUGGUCACAUGUGGAGAAAUCCUGUUUGGAGAAGGAACUACUGUGCAGACAAGUAUGUUUCAUAUUCUCAUAUAAGCCAUAAUUACGCAGUGUUAGUUUCAGUUUUCAUUUAGGGUACAGUAUUGAUUUUUGGGCUUUUUCCCAAUAAAUACAGAUUUUUUAAAAUCUCUUCAGGCCUGUAGAUGUUCUCAAAGUGUCCACAGUUGUAAAAACUAUGUUGCUUUUGACACAGUGGACAGUGAGCUUACUUCACAUUUCAAAGUGCCACAAGCCAUAAAGGUCAGGAGCUGCUGUCUAUAUCUAUAAAGACAAUAGAUCAGUGUUUUGAAAUGGAAACACUCACAGUACUUAUAACUUGUGAGUACAGUACUUUAGGAGUGAGCUUCGGCUUCCUUCUCUGCCUUUCCUCCCUAUAAUUUUGUCUCUGAACUUCUAUGUGUGUGAUUUCCAUCCAUUUACUGCACCACUCUUUGUCCCUUUAAGGCCUGACCCUUUCUACUUAUCCAUUAUUUAGUAGUCUAUGUGAUAUGUGUUUAUUUUCAAGUUUUGUGGAUUGGCCAUCAAAAAUUAGGCUGUGCGGGAACAAGGACUGUUGCAAUAUACCGGAUUUGACGGUAACCAUCUAAAGAAAAACGUAGCUGCAAAUAAAAAAUAGCUAUGUUAUUUAACUUUCUGAGGAACAAAAAUGAGCUAUGUUGCUUGAAAUGAAAAAAGAUAUUUAAAGUUGAGAAAAAGAAAAAAAACCCAACAUCAUCUACAUAAAAUGACAACAAAACAAGAAGUCGACUUUACUACAGCCACCACCUCAGCGGUGCUCUGGGCCACAUCAUUUUCGCCGGCACUUCCUUGCAUGCAUCACAGAUGGUUUUGCAGAUAUUUACUUUAAACAAAGUCUGGGAUCAAAUAAAUGUAUAAAUUGAUGAUAAUGCUAUUAAGACUACAAUAAAGCAGAAAUUCUACAUGAAUUAUGCCGACACAUAACAAAAAAUGUUCAAUUUACAAAGAAUUAUAAGGAAAAAUCUGCUUGAAUGACAGAUGGACUGUUAAUUUGGCUAAAUAGAUAUUUAUCAGCUGGAUUUUCGCUGAUGCAGUGGAGCAGCCGAAGCCUGUAACACUCAUGAUUUGACCUCCAGGUUUUCUGAAAUAAAGAAACACUGUCUGUAAAAAACUUACUGAAGGAUGCACUCAGUUUUGUCUUAGCUGGCCUCUAUUUUAACAUAUUGAUUAUAUACAAGUAAUGUAAGAUUUCACUAGAUUUUUUUUCUACUUUCAGGAGAUACAUCCUUACUUUAUAUUGCACUCGGGGUCCUGCUGCCCUACUGUGUGUUUGUGACUGCUGCUCUGAUCAUCUCCAGAAACCAAAAGCCAGUUUGUGGACAGUGCAAAGGUAACCUUAGAUUGUUCCUUUCAUUUUCCAAGCAAGAAGCCAACACCAUUUUGAUUUUAAGAUAUCUUUUAUAUCAAACUCAUCCCAAUUGUUGACAUUGUUUAUUAUUUUUAUUUACAGGUGAAAUAACCGCCUCCAGUCAAGGUGAACAUUACAGAUCAGCAGAGGCUCACCAAAACUAUCAGGUGACAUAAUCCACAUUCCAUUUUGAUGUGUCCGGAGAUUUACUUUCAUCAUUUUUCUAUUCUGGAGGGACUAACUAGCAACAAACCGUUGUAGAAAAAAUCGUCUUGAGUGCCACAUAUUUUGAAUUUGCUGCAGAAAAUAUUAAGACUGACCGCAACAGCAUCACUGAAACUAAACCAAGUUUGGACUGCAGAUGUUUCCUUCUAUGUUUGAUUAUCAUCAUUGAUUCAUAUGUAAAUUCUUGAGUUUACCCUCUUAAAAGGAUAAAUUUCAGAGUUUUAUAAGUUAUUGUUUUUUUAACAGGCAUCCCAUUAUCUUCUUGAUUGACUUUAUCGGUAUCUGUUCUAUGGUUGUCUAAACCUCUGUACCAUUCUAGGGGACUCCUCUACAGUGUUUUUGGAGGAUUUUAAAAUUGAAAUUAUGAUGAUGAUUGAUUUUUUUUUUUAAAGCUGUGAGCCAGAAUUAAGAAAAAUAAUGUGAUUGACUGCAACAUGUGACAUGUGAUUUAGAUGGAGGGCAUGUCUUUGUAAUGUACCACCCUUGAAAAAUUGUUCUGACUCUGAAAAGCAAAGAAAAACUAGAAUGUUGACAUAGUUAUGAAUGAUUCUUUUUGUCUAUAAAUAGUCUGUGUGUCCAACAGGCGGGUAUAGCUAAGUAUCAUCUGCAUAAAAGUGCAACAACACGCUUUGCUUGUUAAUGAUGUGCUUUUGGGGGGGGGGGGGGGGUGAAAGUGAUACUGAUACUUUUUUUUAAAGAUUUUGUUAUUGUUCAGAACAGUUAAAGUUGGAAUAUCUAUGUUGAGUCUUCCCAUUUAGCCUUUUCUCUUCUUUGAGUUUUGAGGUAAAAGCACCUUUAAAAAGGACUUAAUUUUUUUUCAACAUUGUUGUUGUUAUGACUAUCUUCCAUGGUUGUAAUUGCUUUGUAUGCAGAUUGAUUUCGAAUGAUGUGCGAUCACUUCACUACUAAGAAUUGAUGGAGUUUUGACCAGGGAAUAAAAGGCAGGUAGUAAAAAGUUAUAAACUCUGUUAGUCCAUACUAGAAUAACAAAUACAUUACCUAAUCUUAUACCCUUAUUGACAGAACAGUGUUGCAGUUUAAAAUAGUACUAUUUUUGACACAGCUGUGGUUUAGGGUUUCUCCAGAACUCAAACUACCUUACCGGGGCUGGAAAACAUUGUGGUUUGGUUUAAAAGGAAACGCUUCCUUUAGCUCUGUAGACUGUUGUUGUCAGGGUUACUAUGACAAACACUAAGCUGAGGUUACGGAACAUUUUGGUCAGACUGAAAGAAGAGAAAAACACACGUACAUUAAAAUGAACAACACUUUUGACCACCAUAACUUCCUACUUCGGUCUUGAGAGAAAGUUUGAAUGUUGAGUGGUACAACUGAUUAGCAUUUUCCUCAAGAUCAACAACUGCGUGAGAUGACUAAAAAUCCAAAGGAUCGUUAGAAGCAAAUCAUAAACAAUUAACUUUGAGACUUAGUAUUGACACAGUUUUUAUAUAAAUGGUUGCAGUGUUACAGCUCUUAUAUUUUACUGUCAUGACUGUCAUUUGCAGGAUAGUGAAGAAGCGGCUCUGAACUAUGUGGCGCUGGAUUUUGCAAGGAGAAAAACUCAAAGGUGGACGAAGACCAGGGAGCUGCAGCAGGACUGUACAUAUUCUGGUGUAGGGGAAUGUCUGUGAGGGGGUGUUCCUGUAAAAAUGAACACUGUUUGAGCUUAUCGUGGUUCAAGACAGAGACAAACUCUUAUUUCCAGAUGUUGCCUGGGUAAUCAAGAAUUAUUAUUUAUUUGUAUAUUUUUCGUGUGAUUAUUUUCAUCGUAUAUAAGAUUUAUCUUGAAUUAUCAUGUAACAUUUAAUUGUUAUUUGAAUGUAUGAUUUUAAUUAUUUAAAAAACAAAAUCACACAGAUGGUCUCUGUUUAUUAUAUGUGGUUUAUCAUGAUGUUGGAUAUUUUGUAAGUAUUCAUUUAUUAAUGUGUCUGAUAAGAAUAUUUCAGGAAAAGUAUAAUACAGUACAGUGAUUUAUAGCAUAGUAUAGUAUAGUACUGUAUAGUAUAGUACAGUUUAGUUUUAAUUUAGACUAGUAUAAAAUAGUUAAAUAUAGUAUUGUACUGUAAACCAUAGUAAAAAUUGUCUCUUUUCUUGUACUUUUGUUUUGUCUUUUUGUAAUCUCCUUAAGAGUUCAUCUGAAACAGUUUAAAACCAGUGAUUAAUUCAUUUUUAUAAUACAUUUACAAACAUGCUGACCUCUCACUUUAACGUCACUGUCGAAAACCUUGCAGAGUUUUUUAAGACUGAAGCCAAGCACCCAGCAGGCCUACCUGGACGGCCCACUCAGGUAUCACCCAAGUGUUGGACACAUUACAGGGACUUAUCCUUUAACCUUCCAGCAGAGCCUGUGACAUCUUUCUUUAAAGUGGCCUCCUAAACAACUGUGAGUUUUGCUAAAUGUGUGUGUGUUGGAACACAAUGAAACAAAAGUAAGUUUGUGUACACAUAACCCACACCCACUCGCAUAUGUAUACUCUAUUGUAUAUACAUUUUUGUACAUGGUUUAUCUGUCCAUAAGUCACCAAUGUGUCACUCAUAGAGCCAUUUAAACCAGCAGGAUUUGUACAGGUUCAUAAAAAAGUGUAUGAAAACUCAACAACAAACAAAUAUUUAUUUAUUUCUUAUAUGAAACCACAACUUGUUAAUUGCAGUGAGUUAUAACUAACUUCAGAUUUAGGUAAGGAGGUUUUUUUUAAAGUACAGUUGUAACAGAAAUGACAGAACAAAAUAUAUCAUUGCUUUGACUACCUUUAUAUUUUCUCAAUAACUGGAUGCAGGGUUCAGAUUUACUUGCUAUCAACAGGAUCAAUGUUCUACUUGAGCGUACACACCGUCCUCAACAAACUCUCUCUUCUUUCUGCCUCGUGUCUUUUUUGUUGAAAAAUUCGGAGCAGCGUAGUUCAGUUCAUCCUCAGCGUCAGUCUGUGCAGAAAUAUAAAAGAGUUUUACAAACACAGUGAUGUAAAUAUGACGUGUCUGUAAAAAAUAUUUGGACUGAUUUGCUGUGAUCACUUGCAGUGUUACAUACUUGUCCACAUGCACUGUUAAAUUGUGCUUCUGAGAUGGUGCUUCCCAAUCCUGUAAAUAAAUGACAUUAGAAAUGUUUUUUUAAAUCUGAUAAUUAAAACUUAAUUUGACCAUUUAAAUAAAAAAGUAAUGUCUAAUUUUA